AUGAGCCAGGACUACUUUUCCCCCAAGGGCAAAUCCCCCGCUCGCCCCGACUCCGACACCGAUGCGCCCAAGGAUGCCGCCUCGCCACCCUCCGCGGUCCCCGGCUACAUGACCGUUGGCAACGGCUCUACCUCUGAACACGCGGCGCGUCUUCAGAGCCUACUCGACGCGGAUUCUGGCUACGGCGGGAGCGUGACUGGCGAGGACCAUCACCACACAACCGCGCCGGCUGCGUCGGGCCACACUUGGGACAUGGCGAUGCAUCACGACCGACCCCAGUCUGGCGCGCUGCAUCAGAUGUGGUACAACUCGCAGCGCGCGACACUCGGCCGCUCCAUCAACAAGGUUCUGGAGCUCCUGGAACAUUUGCAAGAGAUGAACGCGUCCUGGCCGGCGCACUACCCCUCUGUCCAACGAGCCGACACCUCUUCGUCUUCCGAGCGGCCCUCGUCCCGCCCCGGCCUCAACCAUGCGCACUCGAUGAUGGGCGACGGACCGGCCGCAUCCGCUACGGCAGACCCCCCUCCGGUCCUGCGACGAUCCAUGACUUCGCUGGAGAACGCUUCAGCCGAGUCUAGUCGAGCCGCCGAGAACCGGAGCAUCCCCGAGCCACGGCUUGUGUCGCCUCAGAUCGCCCAAGAAUUUUCCAUUUUGAAGCUCGACUUGAAGUUGGGCGCACUACACCAGGCCGAACUGGUUCACUCGUUGGAGAAGGGCUCCAUUGCGUCGCUUCUAGACGGCAAAAUCAGCUCGAGCAUCAAGCAUCUGCUUUCGCUCCGGGAGCGUAUCGAAGACACCUCCAGCAAGGUCCUCAUCACGGGCGACCUGAAUGCCGGUAAAUCCACCUUCUGCAAUGCGCUCCUGCGACGCAAGGUGCUUCCCGAGGACCAGCAGCCCUGCACUGCCAUAUUUUGCGAGGUGCUAGAUGCGAGAGAAAACGCCAAUAUCGAGGAAGUUCAUGCCGUCCACAAGGACGCCACGUACAGCAGGAACGACGAGUCUACCUACGAUGUGUUUAGCCUGAACGAGUUGGAAAAGAUUGUGACGGAUAACGAGACGUAUACCCAGUGCAAGGUAUACGUCAAGGAUGUGCGGACGAUCGACGAGUCGUUGUUGAACAACGGCGUCGUGGACAUUGCGCUCAUCGAUGCACCCGGCCUCAACUCGGACACGACAAAGACGACAGCCAUCUUUGCGCGCCAGGAAGAGAUCGACGUGGUUGUCUUUGUCGUUUCGGCGGCGAACCACUUUACCCAGUCCGCCAAGGAGUUCAUUUGGGCGGCUGCUGCGGAGAAGGCGUACAUCUUCAUCGUCGUCAAUGGCUAUGACACCAUCAAGGACAAGGAUCGGUGUCAAAAACUGAUUCUCGAUCAGGUGGCCGGCCUCAGCCCGCGCACGCACAAGGAGUCAUCUGAGCUUGUGCACUUCGUCUCGAGCAAUGCCAUCCCGGCGGGGCCGUCUCCCCCGGGUGGUCCCGGCGGAAGUGGUGGUGCAAGCGGCAGCUCCAGUGGUGGUGGUGACGACCCGGGAGACGACGGUGGCAAGGGUAAAGGCAAGGAUAUGGACAAGGUCCGGGACUUCGAGGCUCUGGAACAGUCCUUGCGCCGAUUUGUCCUCGAGAAGCGGGCUCGGUCCAAGCUGGCGCCCGCAAGGACGUACCUGCUGAACAUCCUUAACGACGUCAACACCUUGGCGACAGUCAACCAAGAAGUCGCUCAGUCAGAAAUGGAGCGAGUCACACGGGAACUCAAGGAGCUUGAACCUCAACUCGAGUCCAGCCGCAAGGCCAGGUCGGAAGUGGGCGAACAGAUCGACCACAACAUCGAAGAUACGUGCAAGGAGGUUUACGACCACACGCGCGCCGAGCUGAACCAGGCUAUUGGCCAGGCUGGGAGGACCAACUACGACGUUCCCUAUCCAGGCUUCCUAGGCGCAUUCCAGUACGCCGAGGAUCUGAAGGAAGCAAUGCUUUCUCACAUCGGCGACGCGGUCACGAAUUGCGAGGAGCACGCGAGAUCCAGAACUGUCAAGGGAGUCAACGCAAUCAAGCAGCUUGGCCUUCUCCACGUUGGAGAUGAGUUUCAGAACCUGCAGUUCCGCCCGGACGUCAUGUUCCGCCGCAAGCGUGACGCGCUCGCCCGUCAAGUCGACAUUCACACCGAGCUGUGGGACUUUGUCGACUGGUCGACUCUUUUGCAGCGCCAGGAGAAGUUUGCGGGAACAGGCAUGGCUCUCACAGUUGCCGGUGCUGUUGUGCCGCGAAUGAUUGGGAUGAAUACCUGGAUGGACCAGGCACUGACAGCCACGCGCGUCUUGAGCAACGACAACCUGCGGCAACUCAUUCUGCCCGGGAUUGUCAUAGCCGCCGUUGCUGCGUCCGCCUACAUUCUUCAGCAGAUUCCCAACUCAUUGCCACCCCGUUUGGCUACCAAGAUCUCUACUCAGCUCGAAGAGCUCGAUUACGUGCACGCCAACUCGUCACGAAUCUCCUCCUCGGUGCGCAAGGUCCUGCGCUUCCCGGCUGACAACCUCCGAGUUGGGCUGGAUCAGAGCGUCAAGGACCUGGGCACCCGGCGGGAUGAGACGGUCAAGGUCAAGGCCGAGAGCGAGCGCGCAAGCAAAUUCUUCCGAACCCUCGUCGGCGAGAGCGAGGUGCAGCGCAGCAUGGUCGAGGGCGUCGACCUGGACGCACCGCCCCCCGGCAUGCACUGA